CCGCGGCGGCCGGCCCGGCCCGUGCGCGGGGUAUGCGCCGGCUGGAGGAGGACGAGUGAAGGGCCGCGACUCUUCGUCUCCUCCCUAGUUUUGCUGUCGGGGCUGCCGGAGGAGCCGGGAGGAAGAUGGAGCCGUUCCCCAGCGAUCAGAUUCAGCUACCCAGAAACAUGAUUGAAAACAGUAUGUUUGAGGAAGAGCCUGAUGUGGUUGACUUGGCAAAAGAGCCCUGUUUACACCCCCUGGAGCCUGAUGAAGUUGAGUAUGAACCAAGAAGCUCGCGGCUCUUAGUGCGUGGCCUUGGGGAGCAUGAAAUGGAUGAUGAUGAAGAGGAUUAUGAGUCAUCAGCUAAACUGCUGGGGAUGUCCUUCAUUAACAGAAGCUCGGGUCUCCGCAAUAACAUGUCUGUCUAUAGACAAAGUCCAGAUGGUUCUUGCUCAGUGCCCUCUAUGAGGACCGUGCUGGUUUGCACUGGUGUUCUUGUGAUUGCAGUUUCAGUGAUAAUGGUGAUUUAUCUUCUUCCCAAAUGUACCUUUACCAAAGAAGGCUGCCAUAAAAAAAAUCGUACAAUGGAACUGAUAUACCCUUUGGCAACCAAUGGAAAGCUGUUUCCAUGGGCAAAAAUAAGACUUCCUUCUGAUAUUGUACCCCUGCAUUAUGAUCUCGACUUGCAGCCAAACCUAACUACCUUGAAAUUUACAGGCUCUGUGAAAAUAGUGGUUAAUGUCACCCAAGUAACUAAGAAGAUUGUGCUUCACAGCUCAGGACUAAAUAUCACCAAGGCAACUAUUACUUCAUCAGGAGGAAGUCAAGAAAAGGCAGUUGAGUUGCUGGAAUAUCCGUUGCAUGAUCAGAUUGCAGUCAUAGCUCCUGAGUCUCUCCUUGCAGGACAGAAUUACACAGUCAACUUGGAAUAUUCAUCUAAUUUAUCAGAUACAUACUAUGGCUUUUACAAAAUUUCUUACAAGGAUGAGAAUUCUAAGCAAAAGUGGUUUGCUGCAACUCAGUUUGAGCCUCUUGCUGCAAGGUCUGCUUUUCCAUGCUUUGAUGAACCAGCACUUAAAGCUACUUUUUCAAUCAGAAUCAAGAGAGAUGAGAAACUUUCCACGCUGUCGAAUAUGCCAAAGAAAGCCACUACUCCUGUGACAAAGGGAAUUGUUCAGGAUGAAUUUUUUGUGAGUUUGAAGAUGAGCACCUACCUGGUAGCCUUUGUAGUUGCAGACUUGAAAAACAUCAGUAUGGAAACUAAUGGGAGUCUGGUAUCUGUCCAUGCUGUACCGCAGCAUAUAAACCAAGCAGAGUAUGCUCUAAACACAACAGUGAAACUUCUAGAAUUUUAUGAAAAGUACUUUUUAAUAGAUUACCCUCUUGAAAAAUUAGAUCUUGUAGCAAUUCCUGAUUUUCAGUCUGGUGCAAUGGAAAACUGGGGCUUGAUCACCUUCCGAGAAACAGCACUCUUGUUUGACAAUAAUGCUUCUUCUGCAAGGGAUAAAAAGCUAAUAACUGCAGUGAUAGCUCAUGAACUUGCCCAUCAGUGGUUUGGCAAUCUAGUAACUAUGGAGUGGUGGAAUGAUCUCUGGCUGAAUGAAGGAUUUGCCACUUUCAUGGAGUACUUCGUGAUGGAGGAGGUUUUUCCAGAAUUACAUUCAGAUGAAGAUUUCCUGAAUCUAAUAUUCAAGGCUAUGAUGAAGGAUUCCUUGAAUUCUUCACAUCCAGUCUCUUCUGCUGUCCAGUCAUCAGAGCAAAUUGAAGAAAUGUUUGAUGCACUCUCUUACAUCAAGGGAGCUUCACUUCUGAUGAUGCUGAAGCAUUAUCUCACUAAAGAUGUUUUUCAAGCUGGCGUUGAGAUAUAUUUGCAUAAUCACAAGUAUGGAUCUGCUCAGAGUGAUGACUUGUGGGACAGCAUGAAUGAGAUCACCAAUGGAACACUAGAUGUAAAAAAGUUAAUGAAAACUUGGAUUCUGCAUAAAGGAUUUCCUUUAGUGACUGUUAACCGAAAAGGAAAGGUCAUCUCAUUACAUCAGGAAAAAUUUUCAUAUCGUGUAGAACCAGAUAAUUGGACAUCAGACACGAGUUAUCUCUGGGAUAUUCCUCUCACCUACACGACUAACAGGUGCAACUUUACCCAUUGCAUUAAUGCAUAUUUACUGGACCAGAAAUCAGCUACCAUUGAACUUCCAGAAGAGGUGGAAUGGAUAAAAUUCAAUGUAGACAUGAAUGGUUAUUACAUAGUAAAUUAUGAUGAAGACUGGGAAACACUGAUUGAUCUGUUGAAAAAAAACCACACUUCUUUAAGCGCUAAAGACAGAGCCAAUUUGAUCAACAAUAUUUUCAGCCUUGCAAGUCUAGGAAGAGAGUCUCUGAAAAAGGCCUUUGAGCUGAUCGAUUACCUUGAGGAGGAGAGCAGCUCUGCACCUCUCACUCAAGCUUUGUUUCAGCUGGGUCUUAUUUUCAGCCUUCUAGAGAAAAGGGGAGAACAACAAUUGGCAGCACGUGUCAUGAACAGAAUAGAACGCCUGCUUGGCAAUAAAAUUGAUCAGCAGCGCUGGACAGAUGAUGGGACGUUAUCUGAACGAGAACUCCGGUCAAUGCUGCUAACUUUUGCGUGCACCCAUGAUAUAAGAAACUGUAGAAAAAAUGCAUCUGAGAUCUUUGAUAAGUGGAUGAAAUCAAAUGGAACAAUGAGUCUUCCUAGUGACCUUAUGAAAACCAUAUUUAUAACUGGAGCCAAAACUAAUGAUGGCUGGGAAUUCCUCCUAAAGAUGUACUCCUCUUCAGUUCCUGAAGCAGAGAAAAGCAAAAUGAUUGAAGCUUUGGCCAACACAGAAGAUGUCAGAAAGAUGAUGUGGUUAAUGCAGAACAGCCUUGAAGGAGAAGUCAUCAGGACACAGGAGCUUUCACAUAUCAUAGCAACUAUUAGCCACAGUUUGCCUGGACACUUGCUGGCCUGGGACUUUGUCAAAGAGAACUGGGAAAAACUUACACGGAAGUUUCAUCUAGGCUCAUACACUAUCCAGAAUAUCAUUAGCUCAUCAACUUCCCAGUUUGCAACAAAGGUGCAUCUACUUGAGGUGAAAACAUUUUUUGAGUCAAAAUCAGAAGAGAGCUCUAAACUGCGUUGUGUAAAAGAGGCAAUUGACACAAUUCAGCUUAAUAUCCAGUGGAUGGAGACUAACUUAGCAAAGCUACAGGAAUGGCUGUAGCACACAUAAUGUUGUAGUGUGCCAGCCAUUAGAAAUCUGUGGACGUUUGCUCCGUUUCUUUUGCAAAAGCCAGGAUGAAACCAGGCAUUGCUGCAACAUUGUUUGCACUAUUAGAGAGUCUAGAAAGCUCAGGGCAUGUCUCACAUAAAAUUUGAUUUCCCUUGAAGCAUUUAUGUGCAGGAUUAAGUAUUUAUUCUGAAACUGUUUUCAUCUGUAGACCAAACAUUUCCAUGAGUGAUGAUACAUAAUUUUGAUAUUUGAAACUUACACCCUUAAUUUGGAGUCGUGUGCCAGUUUCUCAUCAGUGGAAAUUAAUAAUUUUUUUUAAAUGUAAAAAUGCAGAUAGUUCCACAGAAAUUAAAGAACCUGUUUUGCAACAGAACCAUACUUAAGAUACCUAUUAGUGGACUGAACCAUAACUGAUGUUGCUGUAUUAUCUGUGAGCAACUGCACAAAACUACCAUUGAAAGUGGCUGCAGGCUAGUUCAUCUGUUAAAGUGACUACUGAUUUCUCCACCUUUGACUGUUUGAUUUCAUUACUUGUUUCAGAGUUUCUGCAAUUAGUCAGUAUGUGCCAGCCACUUCAUUUGGAUAAGUUUAUACCUUUUUUUUCCCUUGCUUGUUACCUCCUAUAUUGCAGGACAAAUUGUGUACACUGUUUCUUGUUUUAACAUCUAGAAAUCUUCUCAUUUAGAUUUUAAUGGUUUCUUCUUACACUGUUGUGAAAAACCUUGUGAGACAAAUCUGCAAAUUCUAUAAAAGAAGGGGAUCUAAAAGCAGAGAUGUACCACAUUGGAAAGGCAGAAUACCAGUUGUGCAUUCUGUCUGUCUUUCAAAAGCAGUGAAAAAGGCCAUUUUUGAGGCAUCACAUAUAAAUACAACACAUAGAAGAUUAAGCAUACUUGUUUAUGUGGAGAUGUGAUGAUGUUUUCAAAUGUUCAAAUUUCACUAUUGAUGCACCUUUUGUGGAUUCUUGCAAGCAGAUUCACCUGUUAUCUUAUUACAAGCCAAUUAAAUGAUCAGUUAUAAACUGCUGUGAAAGUGCUAACAGAAAUUGAAUUCGAACAAAACAAAUUUAAUUACCAGUAAAUUCUGAAGAAGAUAACAGUGAGAAUUUGUCACAGGUAACUCAAACUGAAGGCUUUAAUUUAUGAAAUUGCAGCAUUGGCUGUACAGUUAAUUAGCAGAAAUAAUAAGCUAUGACUUGCUUAAACCAUGCUGUAUUUUUCCCAUCCUUUCAGAAUGAGAAGUUCUUUCCUAGAAAAGAAAUCUCUCAUUUUUUCAUCAGCUCACAUUAAAAGUAACAUUUGCAGUUCUAACCUUGAAGUUAUCAGAAAGAAUGUUAGCUUUGAGAGUGUACAAACGAAUGUUUGCCCAAAAGGCCCAGAAAUGAACAAUUUUCACAGGUACUUCAGAAGGGAUUGGUGGUUUGAGCACUGAAAGUAGGUCAUGCCAUUCUACUUCCAUACAAGUUAUGCAAUUAGAUUUGUAAUUAAUUAUGUUUUUUUUUUUUUAGCCAGCUAUCAUGUCUUGUAGUUUUCUUCAUUUAUUUUAAAUCUCUGUGCUUUCUGCAUAAAUAUUAUCUCCAUAUUUGUAUAUUUGUGUGUACUUAGUUUUGUUUUGCAGACCCUUCUCAAUGUUAAAUGCUUUCACUUUUCUAUCCUAUCAAACUUCUUUUUCUUCAGCUCUGAUUGGUACUGAGGCAUAUAAAUUUCAAAUGGAAACUGGAGGAGAAUUCCCUCUUCUUCCUGAUUUCUGCUGUAGGAUUUUUUUUGACAUUUUAUUCAGAUGGUGUACUGAUAAUUAGCUCUAUGCAAGGAAAUUGCAUGCAGCUGAAUGUAAACUGUAUCAAGAGAGUGUGGAAGAUCAAAGAGAUUUUGGAGGGAUUUCUCAAUUUUUAUUUUACUAUUUUUUGAAAAAUAAACAAUACUUUUAGUAUGUCAGUUUCAUAGGAUUUGAUAUCAUUUUAUGUCAUGUAGUCUAUAAAUUCAUUAAAAGUUGUACUGGAGUCUUUCUUUCAAGUGAAGUUCUUAAAUACACUCCUCUGUUUUUGAGAUUAUUGGAAACUGAUGAGGGUUAGAAUGGCAAAGGCAUGAGCAAUGAAUUGCCCUUUAAGAGUCACAUCUGCCAAGCCUUGCUGCAGAGAAUGAAAACUUACUAGUUCUUUGAAUUUUCUUUGGCUUCUGGUCAAAUGAAAAACAUAUUGUAGCCAGCAGCAACACUUUACUUAAUUUCCAUAGUAUUUUCUAGCUAAAAUUGCAGAGCUGAUGUUUUCUGUACAUCUUAGGACACUCUUACUUUGCAGUAGAAGAGCUUUACCGUGCAAAGCUGUGCUGACGCUGCAUCAUUUCCUGCAGUGUGAAAUGAUGGUGUUUAAUACAUAGGGAUUGCACAGUUUGUAUUUGGCUGGACUGCAUCAAUUACUGUCCUUGAAGCCAUUAUGCACUGGUUGUUUUGUUACUUUCCAGUAUCCUCAGUGGUGGUAUUCCUGGUGAGUGGACUUUUAAGAACUUACUGUGGUGAAAAUCAAAUAUGCAUAUAAAUAUUUUUUACUUCUAUAAGUAAAACAAAAUAUUUUUCUGAUGUAAAAAUUGCCUACCAGGAAAAGUGCAAACAAGCAUUUGAGCCCUGGAGAAAGGUUUGAUCCCUCUGCCAGAUCACCUCCUUUUUUUUUUUUUUUUUUUAAUUUAGAGAUGGAAAAAGUGCAAAUUAUGUAGGACAGAUCAUAAGACUCCUAAUGUAUGAGAAGAUGGUAACAUAUGGAAUGAAGAAGUUUAGAAUAGGCAUAGUUUUUUUCUGUGUAACUGAUCAUAGAGAUGAUUGUUGUGCCUUACAGCUUGUAAUUGAAGCAAUAUGCCAGACAGCGUAAACACCCUGUUCUCCUUUAGGAGCCAGCUGAGGUCUUAGAGGCUGAUGAGGCUCGAUUCUCUGAGCACAAUUCAACUCUGAGCUGAUGGGGAAGCAGAAUAUCAUUUCUGAGGGUGCUGCCUUGUCAUACAGAUCGUUUUGUGGGUCAGUGAGGUAUGGUGGGGGGAGAACAACUGAGCAGUGUUGGCUUUUGUUGUGUCCUUUAAGUAUGAUAAAAACUGUACUUCAGCGUACAGAUUUUCCAAUUAUGGAACUGCCACGUACGUAAACGUUUUGAAAAUAAUGUCACAGCAACUCCCAGUUAUUACAUUGCUGUCAAGAUUAAUCCUUAAACUUCCUUCUUAUCCACUCAUCUAUGGAAAUCCCUUACUUGAUUGAGAGCCAGCUUGCUUGGGCUGUUAAAUCUAUAUUAGUUGUUGGGCUUGGCACUGAGAAGGUGUAGAAGGAUACUGUCUACCACUGGGAGAAGAAAUUUUAGAUCUUGAAGCUUUAGAAACUGAUUGUACAUGUGUUGUAAGAGUGAGCUUGGAGGAAACAGAUGGUGCAACUAACUACUUCAUCUUGGUGGCCAGCAGAUACUGGAGGUGUAACUUUUAGAAUUCUUUUUAAGCAAACAUUUUGAGUCUAUCUUUCACCUGUUCUCCCUUUGGUAGAACAUUCCAUUUUAUGACACAGACUGUACUAUCCUUCCUUUGCUUUCCUGGAAGAUGGUGUCUUUGUUUGCACUCUGAAAUUCUAUUAAUGCUGCCUCAGUGACCAUUCUCACUUGAAUGCACUUGCUGGGUUCAGUCAUGUGCAUUUUAGCUCCUCACACAACUCCGAUCCUUGAGUCACGUAGUAUGCUCGGCCACACGCUGAACAUUCAUUGUUUGACAUUUACAGUAAAGUGCGUACAUACAAUGAUUUUGAAUAGUAAUAUUUGUGCUUAUCGCUUUCAUCAAGAUGCUACUAAAUGUUCAAAAAUUUUUGCUACUCUUCAAGGCAUGGAGUCACGUGGUUUCUAGAAAAAAAAUAUAUUUACCAUAUUAAACUCAGGUCAUAUUGCUGAAGAAUUUAAAUCUUUAAUUUUGCUGUGCUAUUUCAACCUGCUGUUGUAAUAGAGAUAUUGAUUUUUAUAUGUGAUAAUUCAACUUUGAUCCAGAACAGGAGACAGGUAUCUUUUCUGAAUUAGUAAUGGUGGCACAAAAACAAAUCAUAACACAAUCUUAAAGAUACAGCUGUUAAAAAACAUACUAGCUUGAAUGGAUUUAAACAAUCCAAUUUGAAUGGAUUUCUUAAAAAUGAAGCAUAGAUUUUCUGUUCCAAGAUUUGGAGACUAGGAGAGUUUUGAAUAUAUGGCAUAAAACAACUUUCUACAAUGAGAACUGAGUCCUGUCUUUGUUAAGUCAAGGUUAAGUUAGGUAUCCCUGAAAAAUAUCUUGAGUUCAUUUGAAAUGCUAUGUAGUGUAGGUACUUGUAAAGGGUUGCUCUUUGUGUUUUAAACACUGUAGAAAUAUACAAGCCAAUGUCAAUUCACAGGUGUCUGAACUGUGAGUGGUAAACUGCAGGUUGUAAAAUACCUGCCUUCAAAUGGGGAUUCAAAUACUGUAUGUGUGCGUGUGUACGUAUAGAUAUAUAAAAUAUGCAAAGUCAUCUGUUUCAUUUGUAAAGGGAGAAAAAGCUGAUUUUCUUCAUAUUUCAGAGAAAUGUUUUUGCAUAUUACCAGCACUGAUUUGAAAGGCAUGUGUACUGCAAACACUAUUGCUUUUUGUGAGAUAGAAAUAAAGUAUUUCAAUAUAA